GGUUUGGGGAGCAGCGGCGGCCCGGGCGGCCCGGGUAGAAGAUGGCGGUUAGGGGGUCCGGCCUGGGCCUGGCCGCGGUGGCAGAGGCACUGGGCUCCUCCGAGCAGGCGCUGCGCCUCAUCGUGUCCAUCCUGAUGGUCUUUUAGAUUAUAUCAGUGAUGGGGUUAACUGUCCUCUACUGCCUUGCUGAUGAAGGGAAGACAGACUGGCAUAGAAUGCAGUCAGCCACCCAGAGACACAGAGCAACCCUGUAGAAGCAUCAGGCUGCUUAAAGGUACCCAUUUGCCUUGUUCCAGCGCUAUUUCCUCUUCCAGAAGGAGGUCUACCUCAUUCACCUGUACAACACACUCACAGGGCUCUCGAUUGCCUACUUCAACUUUGGGGCACAGUUCUUUCACUCCCUGUUAUGUGUCCUGAUCCAGUUCCUCAUACUGAGACUUAUGGGUCGCACAAUCACUGCCGUCUGCACCACAUUUUGCUUUCAGAUGACAUACCUUAUGGCUGGCUAUUACUUCACAGCCACAGAGCAUUACGACAUCAAGUGGACCAUGCCACACUGUGUCUUGACUCUCAAACUGAUUGGUUUAGCCAUCGAUUAUUAUGAUGGAGGACAAGUUGUGGGUAUCGCCUCCACAGAUCCCAUUCUAGGCAUUGCCCUGCCAUCAGCAUCCACGCAAUCAUUAGUGAUUAAAAGAGAACAAAGUACAAUUAUAUUUCCGAAGGAGGUCCUGACCCCAGAGCAGCAGCGAUUUGCCGUCCGGGGAGUUCCUACCUUAUUGGAGGUCUCGGGCUUCUCCUAUUUCUAUGGUGCCUUCAUGGUGGGGCCCCAGUUCUCCAUGACAGACUAUCAGAAACUGGCAAGGGGUGAGAUGACUGAUGUUCCAGGCCAGAGACCCAACAGCUUUGUGCCUGCUCUCAAGCGCCUGACCUUGGGCCUCAUCUGUCUGGUAAUCUACACCCUGUUGAGCCCAUAUGUUUCUGAUGAAUACUUUCUCUCUGAUAAAUUCCUGGAGCAGUCUUUCUGGUUCCGUUGCUUUUACAUGUUGGUCUGGGGCAAAGUGGUACUCUAUAAAUAUGUCACCUGCUGGCUUGUCACGGAAGGCGUUUGCAUCCUCAUUGGUCUUGGAUACAAUGGGCAGGACGAGAAUGGAAAGCCAAAGUGGGAUGCCUGUGCCAAUAUGAAGGUCUGGUUAUAUGAAACAACGCCCUUGUUUACAGGGACGAUCGCAUCCUUCAACAUCAACACCAAUGCCUGGGUGGCCCGCUACAUCUUCAAGCGGCUGAAGUUCCUUGGCAACAAGCUACUGUCACAGGCACUAGCUUUGUUUUUCCUGGCUAUUUGGCAUGGAUUGCAUUCUGGCUACCUGGUGUGCUUCCAAAUGGAGCUCCUUAUAGUCAUUGUUGAAAAACAGGUUGUCAGUCUGGUGCGCAACAGCCCUGCACUGAGCACUUUGGCUUCCAUCACUGUCCUGAAGCCUGUCUUCUAUGUGCUGCAGCAGACUAACCACUGGAUGUUCAUGGGUUACUCCCUAGUGUCAUUUUGCCUUUUCACUUGGGACAAGUGGCUGAAGGUUUACAGCUCAGUUUAUUUCAUAGGCCAUGUGCUGUUCCUCACCUUACUGUUUGGGUUGCCUUACAUCCACAGAAUGCUUGUGCCACGGAAAGAAAAGCUAAAGAAAGCAGAGUAACAGCCAGAAGAUUGUACCGCGUGUGCAUUUGUCACAGGGGUGUUUGGAGUCCUUGCCUGCCAAGUUUGCUGUGUUGAAGUCCAACCCUUCUUUCAAAGUGAGGAGGGGGAAGAGAGAGCACAGGGUCAGAGAUCCAAGAAUGAGGGAUACAGGAGAAAACCUCCCUCCAGUACCCCCACGCUACAUGUUGCCUUAUCUCUCUACUGCCCUCUGGUGGACACUCCCGUUUUUCUGCUGGUAUCAGAUGAUUGUAAAGCACUCAACACAGCCCCUACAUGGGAAUGGAGCCACAUCCUGACUUUUCUACGUUUCAGUUAUGUCAGAUAAAAAAAUCUGUUUUUAUUCGCUCAUUCACAAGCUGCUUUUUCUGUUGGAUAGGUAUGAGUGAAAAGUAUAACCGCCCCCCCCAUGGUAGUUCUCAAGACCUGUACCAUAUCAGCUGUAGGGUGUCUGGCUGCCAGAGGGUUAGCAGAGCAUGGCUCUG